AUGGCCGUGAACCUCCCUCCUGUCUCUUCUUCGGCUCCUGAUACUCCGAAAUCCGAUUCCAAGACUGAAUCUAAGCUGAGUACGGCGCCGUCUACUGUGUCAUCUGUAGCUUCCUUGCCGUCUAAAUCUGGAUCAGUUGCAGUGCCAGAGAAGAAGCAAGCAAAAGCCAAAGUAGCAGCUGAAGCACCUAUACAGAAACCUACUUUAAAUAAGAGACGGCGCGAUAGAAACUCAAAACCAAAGCGAAAAAAGAGAGAUACGGCCUUAUGUGUGGGCUACUACAUUGAUGCUUUGGACAAGAAGAUGAUGUGGGGAGAAGCCAGAAUAAUCCAGUGUAAUCUCAAGUCUCAGAAGAUCAAGGUGCACUUUGUGGGAUGGAGCAGCAACCACGAUCGUUGGACGGAUGUCAUGUCGAUUAUGGCUCACGGCCGCUACGCUCCUCGCACGAAGGAUAGCACAGUGAAGAGCUGGGAUGGAGAUAUGUAUCUUUUUGAAGACAUGCUCGGUACGAUUGAUAAGGCGGCUUUUCCACCAGCGCCAAUUCCAAACGAAAAUGGGAAGCGGGUCGCUUUGUCGCCAACUCUUGCUAAGGAGACGUCUGACAAGAUGACGAAAGGCCAUAGCGCGUCACGUCCUGCUGACCAUACUGCGAGAUAUGUGCUUAAACGGAAAGCUGAUGGGGGUAGCAGUAGUGAUACGACCAUUCUUAAACGCAUAGCUGCAACAAAAAAGGUGAUCGAGAGUAAUGGACCCCGACGAGAACAUGAUCAAAGAUCGAAGCAUGCAGUAGCUGUGGUAAAGGUAAAGGCAAAAGCAAAGGGAAACGCUAAAGAGAAACAAAAGCUACCACGAAGCUCUAUGAGGCAGAAAGGAGAAGAGAAGAAGCAAUCAACAACAGCGAAAGCCCGUCAAUCAGCGAAGAAUGGGGUCAUUUCUGCUGAUGACCUUCCCCUGUUUCGCAAUCUAGAGCUGGACGACGGGACUGUCAUGGAUUUCGCAGCGCAGCGUGAGAAGGCACGAAUGGAGCGAGAGACCAUGCGAAGUUUUCUCGAUAAGUGUGCGUCGAUCUGGAAGGAUCAGCAAAGUGCGCUAUCAGUCGAAUAA